GCAAUCAUUUAAUGCCGUACAUUUCCUGCCUUCUCGUCACUUGCAGAGAGAGGAGGAUCCUUUUCAUAUUCGGAUGAGAGAUCGAGAAAGAGCAGAGAGGGAGGAGAACUUAAAAUGAAUAUCAUCAGUCAAUGAUAUCGGUGCAAGGAUACUUAUUUUAUCGACAAUUAUGAAAUCCGCGAUUCAAAAAUUGGGAGAUCCAGUAUAACACUGCAGUUUGCAAGAAUUGAUUGAGCACCUCUGACUUUGCUCUAGAAAUCUACAUGUAGUCUAGAAUUGCAGUGAAGGAAUUAGUACGUGUUAUUCGUCGUAAGAGGAUAUAUAAGUAUGCGAAUACAGUACUUUAGUGAUCAAACAGACGGAAGUAAGAUAAAAACGUGUGACGUGAUACUGACAACAUGUCAUACACGUCCAGGUAAAUAUAGUGACUGAGACCUAUGAUGCUACGGAGGAGCUGAUACACGCAAACGGUUGCUUUCGCAGGAACGGGCCUCAAAAUACUCGUGUGUGAGCACAUACAACAGUUACUUGUGACACCGUGUCAGGAGGAUUAUCGAAGUAGGCCUACUUAAGGAAUACCGAAGUCGAAAUUUUGAAGUAAUUCUAACUGCCAAAUUAGACGAGUAUAUUGCCAGAGAUACAGGUCGCUUGAGAUUAAGGUCAUGCAAUAACAGCCGACAAAGUGAAAAAGCAAUCUAGCAAAAUCACAGUAACUCAACCUACUUCCAGUUUGGGAAUGCACUCCCCUACCGGGUGGUCCCCCCUCCCCUCCCCCCAUGAAAUAUAUUCAAUCAAUAUUGUUGCGGUCAUAGUAAGCCAGUCAUAAAAUUAGCAUUUUUUAACAAAAUAUUAAAAGUCUGUGUUGAAAUGUUCCAUGCAUCUGUAUCAUUGGUUACGUAAUUUCGCUACUCCAUUCGAUAUGAUAGUGGUAAUUGGGACACUCAAAAGUUUAUUAUCAAAACACCUAUAAGCCUAUUGCUAUUAGCGACAAAACCAAAUGAAUUCUGCAUCGCUUCGUGUAGCAAAAGUAGUUACUAGCAGCGACGUGCACUGUGUCUGAUUUGUUGUUAAAACUUAAACCUUUUUUCCGUUCAUUUGACAGCCGUGAUAGGAAUGGUAGUCCUAGGAAUGGAAGUCGGGGUCCUUUAUGUUUAGUGCAAGUUAUAGGAUUAGUCGGAGUAUUGGGGUUAGUGUAUAGAAUGAAUGUCACCUGUACAAAGUAAUGGGGAACGGACUACGAUUCCUGGCGGACUACUAUUUCUGUCACGCCGACACUAGGUUCGCAUGCUUGUUUUGUGCGUAACAGCACAACUUUAGCGUAUCUGUUCAGCCCAAUAAAUGUGCACAGAGAUAUUGUCGUGACUAUAUAUUCAGCCUUGUCCUAAAAUGCACAACUGUAAAUCUUGUCCUACAAAUCUCACGCGCACACUUGUAGAAUUUAAAACAUCGUGGACGCAUCCUUGAGGUGCUAUUAAAAUCAACAACUUACCUCAAUGAUUUCUGUUUAAAAUAAGACCAUAUCCUAGUUAUUCACCCACCAAUUCACCAUGGGGGUUCCUGUGAGCGUCCAGCGUGCGACCAAGGUGCAGCGAAAGCAAAAUGAGGCUAUUGAAGAAUACCUUCAACGCAGCAAACUCGAAGAAGCUCAAUCAGUAAAACUACUUCUUUUAGGCGCAGCGGAGUCUGGAAAGAGCACCUUCGCAAAGCAAAUGAAGAUUAUCCACAUGAAUGGAUUUACGGACGAGGACCGAUGUUUUUACAGAGCACAAAUAGUGGACAAUUUAGUGGAGAACAUGUGCUGUAUAUUGCAUGCGAUGAAAAAGCUACAGAUACCAUUGGAACAUGGAACACGAGAGAUCGAUGCAAACAUAGUGCUGAAGUAUGCCCCAUUAAUAAAGCAAGAUGUCGGUUGCCUGUUACCGUCAGUGGCCGAUGCCAUCAAAACACUUUGGUCAGACGCAGGAGUUCAAGAAGCCUUCAAGCGCGCGUCGGAGUUCCAUAUCGGUGAUUCAGCUCAAUACUACUUCGACAACGUAGACCGCAUUUCCUUACCCGGCUACAUCCCGAAUGAGCAAGAUGUCCUAAGAGCCCGAGUGCGGACCACAGGAAUCAUACAAACUGUGUUCCCAUUAAGGGGCUUUAACUUCAAAUUGUUUGAUGUAGGGGGCCAAAGGUCAGAGCGGCGAAAAUGGAUACACGUCUUCGAUAAUGUGACGGCCAUUUUGUUUACCUGUGCGUUAAGUGAAUACGACCAAGUACUCGUAGAAGACAGUGCAGUGAACCGUAUGCAUGAGAGCAUGUGCCUUUUUAGCUCCAUUUGCAAUUAUGCGCUUUUUCAAAAGACCCCCAUGAUUCUCCUACUCAACAAAAAAGAUAUUUUCGAAAAGAAGAUCUUGACUUCACCACUCAGUACUUGCUUCAAAAACUACCAAGGAAAGAACACUUUUGAUGAGGCGGCAAAUUAUAUCAGAAAAAAGUUUGAAGGAUUAGCAAGGACCAAGAAAGAGAUUUACGUACAUUACACAAAUGCAACAGACACAUCAAAUAUUAACUUUGUAUUUGACGCGUCAAUGGCUGUGUUCAUACGGCAAAACUUACAAGAUGUGGGGAUGUUUUGAUCUUCGUUCACGAUACCAACGUAACAUAAAGGGGUGAACAGUUUAUUACCAUAAGCAGAGACAGAGAGUCAAUGAAAGUUGCAAACUAUGGGACAAAAAAGGAUUUAACUAAUUUGAAUGUAUUUGAAUUCUUGAACAAGCAUUCCAUCAAACACCCGUGCAAUUCCCACGUACCGGUAGUCAAGUACAGGUCUAAAGGAAACGGGAUGUUUUUUUUUUAUAAAAUCAUAUUAUAUUAUAUAGCCCACUGUGCCUAUAAUUGGUCAAAGCUACCACUAUGGCUUAAGCCUAGAUUACAUUUGCCCCGGGCGCAGUACAAUAAAAUCGUCUUCGAUUUUACGUACGAUAUUUUUGACAUCGUGAGUAGCAAUGUCGUGUUCCUUUACACGGUGGGUGCCGUGACAUUUCUUCGACGUGACCUUGAGGUCACGGGGGAAAUCGGCUUUUCGGCUGAAAAGUGGUCGUACGGAGCUCUUUUAGAAAGUUACCGCACGCCUUCAGUGCGCUUUUUUUGCAGAUUGACGCUUUGACGGUGCAGUGCCCUACGAUUUUCAACCCAUGAGGUAAGAAGAAGGAAAAGCACAAAUCAAAUACAUGCAAAAUGUCCACACGCAAGUUAAAACAUUUGUACUAUCGUUAUGCCUUCCAAAAAUGGUUGAAAAGAACAACAAUAAUCACGGUCGCCGCAAGACCACUGAACAAAGCCAGAACCGGACCUGCGUUGCUCUAUACGAUAAUACUUCGGUCUACGGGCUUACGAUGUUAAAAUUUUGUCAAAAGUUAUGUUUGUCAAAUUCAUAGAGGCUUUGGAGGCGAAUCCGUGCGAUUUUGUGCGAUUUCGCACUACCAC